CCACCCUCCCUCCCCCUCACCUCCCCGCGGGCACCGGAUCCUCCACCCGCCGCUCCUCUCUCGCUAGCCGCUAGGUGGAGGGAUCCUUAUCCAUCCGGGCUCAUUCCUUCCCGCGCUGGUUUGGGUAUAGAGUGCAUCUAGACGGUACUCAGCAUGCAGCUGGAACUGACAGCUCCAAUACCUCAUUUUGAUAAGUCGAGUAUAAUAUUAUUCAGGUGGUCUUGGAUUAAGGAUAUAUCUAUAUCUAUGCAUAAGUUGGAAAUGUUUUCAGCUGAUUCUUAGAAGCACACAUAUUUUGUCUUCAGGUCAUCUCAGUGUCUCCUUGUUUCAUGAUUGGUCUCAUGGAAGACUAUUCAUCAUGGGAUUAUCUUCCAGUUGAUCACAUUAGAACUCCUGCAUUCAACUCUGUAGUUGUUUCUGAAGCAAGUAAUGGGAACAAGGAAUUUUCAGUUUCAUUGGACGCUGCCGUUCCUGAUGAUAUCCUGGAGAGGAUUUUUACAUUCUUGCCUAUAGCAAGCAUGAUAAGGGCAACAGCAGUAUGCAAGAGAUGGUACGGCAUUAUCUAUUCAAGCAGAUUUCUUUGGACCCACAUGUUGCCUCAACGGCCGUGGUACUUCAUGUUCACCUCUAAUGAAACUGCUGCUGGUUAUGCUUUUGACCCCAUCCUCCGUAAGUGGUAUGAUUUAGAGCUUCCUUUUAUUGACAAGAGCAGCUGUUUUGUCUCUUCUUCUUGUGGCCUAGUUUGCUUCAUGGACAAUGACAACAGGAACGCCAUUUCUGUGUCUAACCCUAUCACAAAAAACUCCAAGAGGCUUUUGGAGCCUCCUGGUGAAACAUUGCCAGACUACAGUACCAUUGCCAUCAAAGUAGAUCGGCUGUCUCAUAAGUACUCCAUUACAGUGGCAAAAUCCAAGCAGGUUCCUGAAGAUUCUGUCCGAUGGUACUUUUCAGUAUACAAAUAUGAUUCUUGGAGUGGUACAUGGGUAACUUCAGCAAGUGAAGUGUUCAUUGGUUGGAGAGGAGGUGAUGAUAGUGUCAUAUGCGAUGGAGUCCUGUACUGCUUAAUUCACUCCACUGGUGUUCUUGGCAAUGUCAACCCCCGUCAUGGUGUUAUCAUGUAUGACCUUGUUGGCGGAUCUUCUGAGACUUCGUUAAUGCAAACAUCAAUCCCAGUUCCUUGUUCUCUCACAUGUGGCCGUCUGGUAAACUUAAAGGAGAAGCUGGUUUUGGUGGGGGGAAUUGCAAAACACAACAGACCUGAUAUCAUUAAAGGAAUAGGAAUAUGGGAACUCCAUGAGAAACAGUGGCAUGAGGUAACUCGGAUGCCCCACAAAUUCUUCCAAGGAUUCGGUGAAUUCGAUGAUGUUUUUGCCUGUAGUGGCACAGAUGAUCUUGUCUACAUACAAAGCUAUGGCGCAACUGCUUUGCUUGUUUUUGACAUGAUGCAUAAGCAAUGGAAGUGGUCCGUGAAAUGCCCUGUGAGCAAAAGGUUUCCUCUCCAGCUUUUCACUGGCUUUUGCUUUGAGCCCCGGCUCGAUAUCACUACUUAAUAUGUACCAAUUCUUGUUCUGCCUUUUAGUGGAAUCAGAUCUGCUUCCAUGUUAGUUAUUCAUGAAAAUACAUGCAAGUUUUGUUGCAUUCUUUCAACCAUUUUGCUGUUACCCUUUUCUGAGUUCUCACCCUGAUGGGCCCUCAUUGAGUCAUUGGUCCUGCUGGAUGCAAUUAUUUGUCUCAAGUGACAUCAGAUAAUAAAUCUGUAGAAUGCUAUAUGUGCUGACUUGCAUAUCCUUGAAGAUGUACCAUUGUUUGCAAAAACAGUAUAUAUAUGUACUAUCUUUAUCAGA